UAUGUGAUGUCGACGAAUCAUCUCGACUCCACGAUUUUGUUUGUAUUUGAGCCUUUUGCUCUGUGACUCCCGGAGUCCUGGUGCAUGGGGACACUUAGACUUUCAAAUGCAUUGCUAUUAACUGCUAAACCAUUCGAGACUAAUGCUCGGUGCAGGACUCAGUGCUGCCGGCAGACGCCAAGGCCCCAUUUCCAUGCACUCGAUCUUCACGAUUACGUGCUUGCAGGUGUGGUAUGCCUUCAGAUUCGUGCUGAAAUGGAUCUCUUGAAGUUCAAUGCGAGUGACACUCCUCUCAGGGCCUCCACCAACAAUUACUGCAAAUUCGAAUCCACAGUAUUGGUUGGUGGCACUGGAGCCAUGAGCGAGGUUCAAGUCACCACUCCUGGAGAACCCCAAUAUGGUGAACAUUUCAGUCUGCGCAGCACUUUGCAGUAUCCACAUCAGUAUUUAGUGACGGGUGACCUUCUCGGUGGCAUCAGCCUGCUAGGCUAUGGGACGCAGAUACGGGCAUUCACCAAUCAUCGUCCCCCCAUCACACGAACGGCUGUCAUAGUUAUGAUGGUUGCCAUCACGAUACUUGAGCUAGCAGCUGGAUGGGCGCGUGAUUUGUUUCCGCUGAUGGGCGAGGACUUGCGAGGACCCCGGGGUUCGCCCAACAUAGCGCCCGCCCAACACGCGCACACCAUAAUCAGCCAAUCGUUUCAUUGUUGGAAAAAUUGCACUACCGCGAACACCCUCGAACCCUGCGUAUGAACACGGACUAUAUCGCCAUCCGGCAGACCUCCCGGUUUUGCUGGCAGAAGAGUACAGGAAGUUCAGAAGUGACCCCAUCUUCCCAUUCUCCUUUAGCGACUUCACAGGAGCUUAUAGCGAGAC